AUGACAGAACAAUUGCCUAUAAAAUUUCAAGAGCAUCUACAAUUACAAAAUGUCGGUAUCAAUGUUACAAAUAUUGGUUUCAGUUCCCUUACGAUGGAAUCCGAUAAAUAUAUAUGCGUUCGUGAGAAAGUUAAUGAAAGAGCGUUUGUUAUUAUUAUUGAUAUGGCUGAUCCAACUAAUCCAAUUAAGCGACCUAUUACAGCGGACUCAGCCAUCAUGAAUCUAACAAGUAAAGUCAUUGCGUUAAAAGCUGGUAAAAUAUUACAAAUUUUCAAUAUUGAAUUACGUAGUCGAAUGAAAGCAUAUGUUAUGACAGAAGAUUGCAUAUUUUGGAAAUGGGCUAGUGUUAAUACCAUUGGUGUUGUUACAGAAACAUCAGUUUAUCAUUGGACUACGGAAGGUGAUAGUCAACCCGUUAAAAUGUUUGAUCGGCAUCAAAGUUUACUUGGUUGUCAAAUAAUUAACUAUCGUACUGAUGAAUCUUUGCAAUGGCUUCUUGUCAAUGGUAUCAAAGCUCAAGAAGGUCGUGUUGUUGGUCGUAUGCAACUUUAUUCAGUUGAACGUAAAGUUUCCCAGCCAAUUGAAGGGCAUGCAGCUGCAUUUACACAAUUUAAACUUGAAGCAAAUAAAAAAACAUCAACGCUUUUUUCAUUUGCUGUUCGGGGUCCGCAAGGAGGGAAACUUUAUAUUGUUGAAGUUGGAACACCACCAGAUAAUGAAGGAUUUCAAAAGAAAGUCAUCGAUGUUCAAUUUCCACCUGAAGCACCAAAUGAUUUUCCUGUUGCUAUGCAAACAUCAGCUAAACAUGGUGUCAUUUUUUUAGUUACAAAAUAUGGUUAUGUACACAUGUUUGAUAUUGAAAGUGGAACGCUGAUUUGCAUGAAUCGUAUUAGUGCUGAGACAAUGUUUGUCACAGCACCCUAUGAACCAACAUCAGGCAUUAUUGCUGUUAAUCGUAAAGGACAAGUUCUUUCAGUUAGUAUGGAUGAAGAAAUUGUUGUUUCAUAUAUUCAAAAUACACUAGGCAACGCUGAACUAGCUUACAAAAUGGCAGCAAGAUGCAAUUUACCGGGCGCUGAUCAACUAUUUCUUGCACGUUUUUCACAAUUGUUUCAAAGUGGAAAUUAUGAUGCAGCAGCUAAAGUUGCUGCUACAGCUCCACGGGUUUGCAAGGAAAACUCUUUAUUUAAAAGUGAAGCACGUUAUUUGGUGCGUCGUAAAGAUCCAGCUUUAUGGAAACAGGUUCUACGUGAAGAUAAUCAAUAUCGUCGACCAUUAAUCGAUCAAGUUAUUCAAACAGCUUUACCUGAAACUCAAGAUCCAGAAGAAAUAUCAGUUGCAGUUAAAGCAUUUAUGGAUGCUGAUUUACCAAACAGUUUAAUUGAGUUAUUAGAAAAAAUUGUUAUUGAUAAUUCAGUAUUUAGUGGACAUCGAAAUUUACAAAAUUCACUUAUUUUAGCGGACAUCAAAGCUGAUCGUUCACGUGUCAUGGAUUAUAUCAAUCGUUUAGAGAAUUAUGAUGCACCAGAUAUAGCUAAUAUUGCAAUUAGUAAUCAAUUAUUUGAAGAAGCUUUUUCGAUUUAUAAAGAGUUUGAAGUUGCUACAUCAGCCAUUCAAGUCCUUAUUGAUCAUAUUAAAAACUUAGAUCGAGCUUAUGAAUUUGCUGAGGGUGUGGGUGUGGAUGUGGAUGCGGGUGUCGAUGAGUGUGUGGAAUCCGCAAUCGAUAUGGAUGCAUUACACGUUGAAGAUGAAAUUCCUCCACUAACGCCCGAUGUUAGAAGUCAAAGGUCAUCAAUUAUUGUGUGUCAUGGUGAUCUGAUAGCACAAGAGACAGAUGUUAUUGUUGUUUGUUCUUCAUCUAAGUAUUUAUUUAAAAGCAUUUGCCAAGCUGGUGGCGAUUCUGUGUCCACUUCAUACAGUCAACAAAUUAGUGCAAGUCCCAAUGCACCCAUAAUUAUUGUUGAGUCAGCUGGGAAAAUUGCAUCAAAAAUGAUUUACUUUCUUCCAUGGGAAAUAAAUCCUGAUCAAUCUAUACUUUGCAAAUCAAUCGAAGAUUUUGUUUCACUUGCAUUAGAAAAAGCAAUAGAACACAAGUAUCGAAGUAUCGCAUUUCCCGCUAUGGGUUGCGGUGGAUUCAAAUGUUCGAUCCAGCUCAUUUCACGUAGUAUGGUUGCAACAGUUUAUAGCAAAUUAAAAACGAAUCCAAUGUCCGUUUCAUUUGUAAUACAACCAGACAAGAAAGAUAUCUAUGAUGAAUUUAAAAAGCAUAUUGACGAAUUACAACCACCCCCAUCAUCCAUUAUAUUGAAAGCCAUAGCCGCAAAGUUGGGCAAAGGAACGAUCGAAGUUGAAAUGGGGGAUAUAACAAAACAGAAAGUAGACGUUAUUGUUGGUAGCUCAUCAUCGGGAAUCUUAAGAGAAAUAAUAAUAAACGCCGCUGGAAAAGAAAGUCGAAUGUCAUACGAUAUUGAACUAAAAAGUCAUCCGAAUUCUGUACUAAUUGCAAUACCAUCAGGAUCUUUACCCUGCAAACGAAUAUUUUUUGUUAAGUGGGAGCCUAAUGAUAAUGAAGAAAUACUUCAACAAUCUCUUAGUGAUCUUAUAUCUACUGUUGUACAAAAUGUAAUUUCACAUAACUUUACAUCGGUCGCACUGCCUGCCAUUGGAUGCGGUAAACAUGCCUGCUCAGUAGAUAUUGUGGUUAAAAUGAUGGUUCACGAAAUGAAAAAGCAUCUGAUUCAAAGGAAACUAUCUUGGACAGUAAAAUUUGUAGUCAACGACAACCAAGAAAAUGUUUAUGAUGAAUUUUGUAAACAAGUACUCACAACAGAAGAUGGUUUCCAUGAAGCAACAACCUAUCAAUUGCCUGUAACAUGGGAGAAAUCGGCAGAACAUAAAACUCGUUUUACAUUGUCUACAAAGGUACAUGAAUACCAAACUAUCGCGUCUAAUUUCGACUCAGCUAUGAAAGGAAAGUACACAGAGGUUAUAAAAAUCGAACGGAUUCAAAACGAACGAUGGUAUAUGCAAUACUUAGCACACACUAAAGAUUUCCGAAAGCGACUUAAUAUGGAUACAGAAAAACGUUUGUAUCACGGCUGUCCUGAACAAGCUGCGAAUACCAUUAUCGAAGAUUGUUUCAACAGAAGUUAUGCUGGAGUAAAUGGUACUGUCUAUGGUGUUGGCGUUUAUUUUUCUUCUGAUGCAACCUAUAGUCAUGGGUACACUAAACCAAAUGCAAAUGGUGAGCGAUGCAUGUUCCUAUCACGAGUUCUAGUAGGAAAAACUACGAAAGGAAAUAAUAAGAUGAAAACUCGACCACUUGGGUUCGAUUCAACUACUGAUGAGAAACAUAUUUUUGUUACAUAUCACGAUGCACAAGCAUUUGCUGAGUAUUUGAUUACAUACAAAUAA